AUGAAAGGUGUGAAGGAAGCAAAGCCAGGUCCACUCUUGUCGUGGCAUCAACGAGUAAGUAUUGUAGCUGGUGCAGCAAGAGGGCUUGAGUACUUACAUGAAAAGGCGAACCCACAUAUCUUUCACCGUGACAUAAAGUCCAGCAAUAUUCUAAUCUUUGGUGAUGGUGUAGCUAAAAUCGCUGAGUUUGAUCUUUCAAACGAAGCUGAUAUGGCACUUCAUUCGAGUCGUAUUCUUGGAACCUUUAGUUAUCAUGCCCCUGAUGAAUAUGCAAUGACUGAGCAACGGAGUGCAAAGAGUGAUGUGUACAGCUUCGGUGUUGUAUUGCUCGAGCUUCUAACAGGUCGAAAGCCCGUUGAUCAUACAUUGCCUCGAGGCAAGCAAAGUUUAGUCACAUGGGCUACACCAAAGCUGUGUGCAGACAAAGUAAUGCAGUGUGUUGAUUCAGGACUCGGAGGAGAUUACCCUCCAGAAGCUGUUGCUAAGGUAUAA